UCCAAUCAGACUGACCACACGAGAUCUCUCUCACACACUCACACAGGAUAUUCCAAGAUGAAAAGUGCCCUGUUCGUCGUGGUGGCUCUCUGCCUAGGCACCUGCAAGCUGGCUGAGGCAAAAGCCCUAGGUGAUGAGAAGAGUCUACUCAAGGAUGGGGUGCAUGUUGAGCGUCGCUACGCUGAAUCCACCAUCGCAAGUGACAUCAGCAAAAUCAUGGACUCCAUGGUGCAGAAGAACUUUGUCAACUUCCUUCUCAAUCAAAGGGAGAAAAAGAGCGAGCCCCUUAUGGAUCCAGAGGAUGAGGAGACUUAUGAUUUGGACUUCCUGAAAAAGCAGCUCAGUUCAUGGGUGCACAGCAAGGGGAUCCGAACUGGUGCUCAGUGACCUGUUAUCAGAGAGCCACAUCAAGAAAACUCAGAAGAAGGACCCGUUCAUGGAGAAAAUGUUGACCCUACAGCCUACUGCAAUGGACAGGAUAGAGAGAUGACACCCAGUUCAGCAUGUUAUGACGAAUGACCCCUUGACCUCUCAUGUCAGUCAAAAUGAUCUAUUUACUUAUGGAAAAAGCAAUCAUCUUGUUAAUAAAUUAAAGGUGUUUUGAUAAU